ACGAUCGACAGACACAAUGGAGAAAUCGGUUUUCUUCUUCUGUGUGUUUUCAUGUUGGAUUAUGCAAGUCACAUCCAAUGAUGCGUCAGUACGAGGGUCUUAUGAUCUGCUGAGGGUUCAGAUGGGAGAAAAUAUCAGUCUGAACUGCAGCAUGAGAGACCGAUAUGAAGUCGCCUGGUAUCACCUCAAUUCUGAAAAACUAGAUCUAUUGAUUUCUGUGAAGAAAGACAAAACUGGAAGAAAUCUCCUGACCAACUAUGAUCCAAACAGCCCUCGUCUGAAACUUACUGCAGACACAAGGAUCACCAGAGUCUCUCUAGAUAUUUCUGGAGUAACAGAGUCAGAUUUGGGCAUUUAUUUCUGUGGAACAAAGUCUGAUGCUCCAGAGAUGUUCUUCGACAAACCCCUCAGACUAGAGAUCGCGGGUCUUUCUGUAACAGAAAAGCCUAAAGAAGUUGACAUCACAGAUGGAGUGACUACGAUCGAGAGGGCAUUGAUGUUUGGUGGUGUAGGUCUGGCUAUUGUUGUGUUUUUUCUGGCUACAGUCAUUGCAGGAGGAAUCCUUCACUAUCGCGGCUGGCAGAAAGGAUGGCGCGCAGCCAAACGCUCAUCUCUGAUUCAGCACAAAUCAUCUAAAUGACACAUUUGUGUGCUUUAUUUUACUGUCUGAGCUUUGCACUGCCAGUUAAAUGAGCACUUCUGUAGGUUACCACAAACUAAAACAGAACAC